CUGUAGGGUUUGUCUUUCAUUUGGACCUUUGAGGUGUAAGAUUAUCUAAAUUACAGGAGUCUGUCACCACACCCCAGACCGCAUGAUUGAGCCCAUUGGUUUCUACGUUGUCUCUGCCAGGAGAGGCAUCGCCUGCCCCCUCACCUAAUAGUUAUUUGAACAAGUCGGAAGCGUCUCCAUUCCAGACUGGCACACACCUGCGCACACCGAGCCUGUUGGCCGCGACCUGUCAGCUCUGAAAUGGGGAACAGCAAAGCUUCUGCGCUGCUCUCACUUAUCGGUGUCAUGCUGCUCUGGCCAUAUGUGCUCACCAAAAGUGUCUCAUCCCAACUGCAAACUGCAGACAGUGCCGCUCUAUCUACAGGGCAGGUAGAAGGGCACCCUCAUGUGUCGAAGCGGUCGACACAGAACUGUGAAAGCACAUUUGACGAUUACUGCCUGAACAACGGCCAGUGCAUGCUGCUGGUGGACAUCGAUGAACACCACUGCAAGUGUGAGAAGGGUUUCUACGGCCACAGGUGUAGCCAAACAGAACUUGUCGUUCAGCCAAUGGUAGAAAAGCAGAUAAUUGUCACUGUUUUCUGUGUGAGUCUGCUGAUUAUAGGUCUGGCUGGAGCUCUGUACUUCUUCUGCAAAUG